AUGGAGCAUGCAUUUGGAGACAUGGGAAUGUUUUAUGACUGCCCAGAAAUAUCUGAUGAGCUUUUGAGCUUUUGUGGAUCUUUUGAUGAACCUGAAGUACAUUUCCCACUCAACUCCAUGUUUGAUCCACCUGAUGAUGUCUUUUACACUGAAACAACAACAGCAGCAGCCUUCUCGCAGCAGCUCCCUUACUCUCACAGUACUCCAUGCAAUGAAUUCAACAACCAUUUCUACCAAUCCCCUAAAAGGAUAAAGAAGAAUUGCAGUGUUGUCUGUGAUCCAUAUAGUUUCAUGUAUGAGUACUCCAACAUCUACAACGUACAAGAGCCGGCACCAGAGUUGUUACCAGAGUUGGUAGAGCCUCUGCCAUGGGCUGAGGAGUUGUUGAGCAGCAGAGUUGAGAACAAGACUAGCAAUGGAUGCUUGUCAACGCAAAGCAUAGCAGCAAGGCAGCGGAGGAAGAGGAUCAGUGAUAAGACCCAAGAACUUGGCCGGUUGAUCCCUGGUGGCAACAAGAUGAACACUGCUGAGAUGCUACAGGCUGCCUUCAAGUAUGUUAAAUUCCUGCAAGCUCAAGUUGGCAUUCUUAGUUUCAUGAACUCAACAGAUGAUCAGGAAUAUUGUAGUGGUUUAUUACCAGGAGAAGAAUCGCUGCAAGUGUUGCUUGAAUCUCCAAAGAUUCAUGAGAAGUUAUAUUCUGAGGGAAGGUGUAUUAUUCCGGAGAAAAUGGUUGGUUUUUUACUUGAAGACCAACAAGUCAAAUUGAGCAAGAAUGUUCAUAGAGAUCUCAGUCGUUUUGUAGAGACUAUUCAACAACCAGGACGAUGUGAUGAGAAAGAAUUGGCAUAG